AUGUUAGUCAAACCUGGAUUUGCAGUGCCAGCCAAAAUAAGGGAAAGUACAAGGUUUUACCCUUACUUUAAGGACUGCAUUGGAGCGAUCGAUGGCACACAUAUUUCAGCAAUGAAUGAAUCUUCUUCAUCUUCGUCAUUACCGGUUAAUGAAGGGGAUCCUGAACUAGUUUUCCAAACACAAGAACAACAACGAGCACAUGCUAAUGAAUGGAGAGUUGGUAUAGCUUUGAAUAUGUGGAGAGAUAUUGGCCACAAUGACAACAAUGAUAACGAAUGA